AUGGAGUUCUUCGAGCCAAACCUUGCAUAUUGGCAGGCUGAGCACCGACAAUUUUCGGAUUCGUUUGAUUCGCAUAGGAAUAAUCUAAAUGAGUUAACUCUAGAUAAUUGGAAUCCCGCCAAGAAUGAAGCCGACGAUUGGGACGACGAAAGGUGGGAUAAUGAUAGGGACAACUGGAUGGAAAGCCGCGAUACGCAGUUUUCUGUACGAUUUUGGAAAAUGAAAAUGAGAUAUGGUCUGGCUGCAUCGCACACUUUUUUCGAAAUUCUACGCCAAUGGCUCGGCGAUUGCGAUCGUGACCACCGCGAAUGCGAGUCUGAACUGCCGUUUUGGCCUACAAGGGUUAUUGACGUCGGCAAUAAGGACGUACCUGGAUUGAGGCUGGUAGAGCACAGCUUGGCUCAGCACCAACGCAGCACAUAUGUCGCGGUUUCUCAUUGUUGGGGCAGCCCUACAGAGGAGGAAAAGAGGAAAUUCUGCACGACCAGGGACAACCUCCAAGAUCGGUUGAAAGGCUUCAGCAUGAGCGAGUUACCGAAGACAUUCCAGGAUGCCAUCCAAGUUACACGAGCGAUCGGAAAGAGGUAUCUCUGGAUCGAUGCGAUCUGCAUUAUACAAUGCGGCGAUCCUGACUGGGACACCGAGUCACGACUAAUGGAGCAAGUCUUUAGUUCAGCCUAUUGCACCAUUGCUGCGGACUCUGCCACUGAUUGGAAACAAGGCUUCUUACGACAAAGCUAUUCUCACUUCCCGGUAGCCAGGAAAAUCGGCCGGAAGAUGAGUGCUUACGGUAUCAAACAUGACUUUGAAAGGGACGUCAACCAGAGUCAUCUCAAUAAAAGAGCAUGGGUGUUACAGGAACGAACUUUGUCUCGCCGAACCCUUCAUUUCACUGAAAACCAUACCUACUUGGCAUGUGGGCGCAGCAUCAGGUGUGAGGACCUCACGACUUUGAGAAGUCCAAACCGAAGGGAAUACUUCCUCCUUGACCCUGCUUUUCCCAAGUAUCUCACUCGCGCCGGCUACUACCGUACUAUCGAAUUCAUCCAGUCCCUUUUCAGUCAAUACGCGUCCGCUGGGCUUACGAACGAAUCUGAUAGAAGCAUUGCCAUCAUGGGACUGCUAGACCGUAUCAAGAAAGUCCUAUCGUCGGACUACGAACAUGGGACGUUCAGGAUAUUUCUUGCUCGCCUUCUUCUAUGGCGAGUGACCGAGCAACGUGACACUGCGACCGAUCAUUUGCCCACGUGGUCGUGGUUGACACAUAAUCAAGUCAAAUUCUUCCCAGAAGGAAGUAUCGAAGUCCCAACGAGCGACAUCCUCCGCUUUGGUGUUUUCAAACACCAAUUGCACGCACAGAUCAGAGAAUUACAUGUUCCAGAAGACUUUCGCAGCGAGGGGAGGGAAAAAGGUGAACUGUGGCUGGAUUCACAACACGGCACACCGCCCCAAUAUUGCACUGUUGCUGGGAUACUCCGGAGCAAUCCACGGAGUCAUUGCUGUAUUUUGCUCACUUAUCACGCUGAUGACGAUCGGUACCGCAGGGUCGGAGCUUGUGUGGUUCCAUCUCAAUACAUAUCCCAAGCGUACAAGGAGGGUAUCAUUGUAUGA